GAAGAAAGAUGACCAUCUUUAAUAAACUCAAUCUGGGCAUCGCUGUGAGCAGUUUUGCUAUAUUUCAACUUAGCUUUCAUGUGCUGAGUUCUUGGCUAUCUUCACGCCUAACAUCUGGUUUUAAUAAUCUUGACCAAAAGAAGAAAAUUGAAUGGAACACAAGGACAGUAUCUACGGUCCAUGCCUUGGUGGUUGGAAUAUUUUGCAUGUAUAUUUUAUUGUGCGAUGAAGCUGUUAAUGCUGACCGUGUUUGGGGCGAUCCUUCUACAGUGCAACUAAAUCUUGAUAUCUCUGUAGGCUACCUCAUUUCAGAUUUGUUGCUUAUUAUUUUUCACUGGAAGGCAAUUGGAGACAUAUAUUUUGUAAUUCACCAUGUACUAGCUGUAUAUGCAUAUUACUUUGUACUGGUAAGUUCCAUGUUAAUUUUAUACCAUAACAAGUAUACGUGUGUUUUAGCAAAAAUGGAUUUUAAUAGACUUACCAUUAAGAUUAAUGGCUCAUCUCAAGAAGACAGUAAUUGCUCUAUGGUGCUUAUACAGUAACUAACAUAACUAAUACAUAAAUAAUACAGUAACUAAUACAGUAGCUAACACAGGAAAGGAAUAAAACUU